GAUUCUCUCCUGGAAGUGGUGGUUCGAAUGUUUUAGUGCGAGCCUCCAAUUUGAUAGUAAAGUUUACCUAUAAAACUGUCCUUCAACUGGCUGCAAAGGGAAUUUCAGUCAAUGUUUUCUCAUUGUGAAGUACCAUCACAUUUUUUAAAGGCAGUUUAGCUUUACUUAAACACGAUAACAGCUGUUUGAACAUUGCCAACGAGCCAUCUCCAGCGGGACUUUUUGAAUACACGGACAGCGAGAUUGAGGCGAUAUUUUUUUUAAAUGGGACGUAACGUUGUUGUUCGGGAAACAUUUACCUAACCAGUUUAACGUUAGCUAUAUACAAUAUCUAGCGUCUUUGGUUUGUUUUAUAAUGCGGUGUUUUGGCUCCAAGGGAUCAAGCUGUGUUUCUGCAGCUGGCGUGGAAGACACCAGGAGGAGGAAACUGUGGUGAAAGCGAGAGUGAUAACCCGAAAAACAUCUCAUCAAACACACCGGCUACUCCUGCAGUGAGCCAAUAUCAUGGAGGCAGCAUUGGGGAGUGCAGCUCUAGGACUGCUCGGAACCACGGCAGCAGCCAGCCAUGACAUCUCUGACAGCGGCCUGAGGCCAGGGCGUCACCCAGAGGAGGAUGACAUAGUGCCUGAGCUGACCUGCCUAGUCUACCCCCGAGAGAGACCUGACUGGGAUGAGACCAUCAGCGCCAUGGCGCGAAGCGCCGAGGUCCCCGAGCUGGGCGCCGAGACCCUCUUGCGCACCUGCAGCAGCACGGCCAGCAUGAAGGUCAAGAACGUCAAGAAACUGUCCUUCACCAAAGGCCACUUCCCCAUGCUGGCUGAGUGUGCCCACUUCCACUACGAGAAUGUGGACUUUGGCACAAUCCAGUUGUCCCUCGCGGAUGAACAAAGUGAUGUGACACGGAAUGGCUUUGAGUCCAAGGAGCUGCAGUAUUUGGUCCAGAUCUACUGCCAGAGCCGAAGCUGGAUUGUGAAGCGCAGCUAUGAGGAUUUCCGUGUCCUGGACAAGCACCUGCACCUUUGCAUCUAUGACCGCCGCUUCUCGCACCUGCCUGAGCUGCCUCGAUUCGACAGUCUGAGGGAUCGUGCCGAGGCAGUUUCCCAGAUGCUGAUGGCUUACCUCUCCCGCUUCUCCGCAAUCGCUGACAACAAGAUCAACUGUGGGCCUGCCCUCACGUGGAUGGAGGUUGAUAACAAGGGCAACCACUUACUGGUCCACGAGGAGUCCUCCAUCAAUGUACCCGCCAUCGCCGCCGCCCAUGUCAUCAAACGCUACAUCGCACAGGCCGCCGACGAGCUCUCCUUCGAGGUUGGGGACAUUGUGUCAGUGAUUGACAUGCCCCCCAAAGAGGACACCACAUGGUGGAGGGGCAAGCACGGCUUUCAGGUUGGCUUCUUUCCCAGUGAGUGUGUGGAGCUGAUAAACGACAAGGUGCCGCAGUCCGUCACCAACUCGGUGCCAAAACCAGAUUUGGAGAUGGAGAGUGUAAAGCAGGACAGUGCAUGGGUGACCGACCCGUUAAACUUCUACAGCCUGAGCUCAGUGUCUAAGAAGCACGGGAAGCUGAUCACGUUCCUGCGCACCUUCAUGAAGUCCAGGCCCACCAAGCAGAAGCUGAAGCAGCGGGGCAUCCUCCGGGAGAGGGUGUUUGGCUGUGACCUUGGGGAGCACCUCCUCAACUCGGGCCACGAUGUUCCCCAGGUACUCAAGAGCUGCACAGAGUUCAUUGAGAAGCACGGCGUGGUGGACGGCAUGUACCGCCUCUCUGGAAUCGCCUCCAACAUCCAGAAACUACGGCAUGAGUUUGACUCAGAGCAGAUCCCCGACCUGACUAAAGACGUGUACAUCCAGGACAUCCACUGUGUAGGCUCCCUGUGCAAGCUCUACUUUCGUGAGCUGCCCAACCCCCUGCUUACCUAUCAGCUCUACGAGAAAUUCUCUUCUUCCUCAUUCCUCUCCGCUCCACAGGAGGCCGUCUCCGCAGCUACAGAUGAGGAGCGGCUCAUCAAAAUACAUGAUGUCAUCCAGCAGCUGCCGCCGCCGCAUUACAGGACUUUGGAGUUCCUCAUGAGGCACCUGUCCCAUCUGGCCACCUUCAGUUACAUUACCAACAUGCACAGCAAGAACCUGGCCAUCGUCUGGGCCCCCAACCUACUGAGGUCCAAGCAGAUAGAGUCGGCCUGCUUCAGCGGCACAGCAGCCUUCAUGGAGGUCCGCAUCCAGUCGGUGGUGGUGGAGUUCAUACUGAACCACGUAGACGUCCUCUUCAGCCCCAAGCUCAGCUCGCUCAUACGGGAGGGAGCAGGACACAACUCGUUGUCGCGGCCCAAGUCCCUGCUGGUGUCAUCCCCCUCUACCAAGCUGCUGACCCUGGAGGAGGCCCAGGCCCGGACCCAGGCCCAGAUCAACUCCCCCGUCACAGCCGACAGCAAGUACAUUGAGGUGGGGGAGGGCCCUGCAGCCCUGCAGGGCAAGUUCCACACCAUCAUUGAGUUCCCUACUGAGAGAAAGAGGCCCCCAAUCAAGUCCAAGAAGUCUCCGGUGGGCAGCUGGCGCUCCUUCUUCAACCUGGGCAAGUCCUCGUCCAUGUCCAAGCGCAAGCUGCACCGCAACCCCAGUGAACCCAACGAACUCCAGGCCAUGGCAGGAGGCAGAGGGGACACUGGGACACUCCGAUCGGCCAAAAGCGAGGAGUCACUCACCUCGCUACACAACGUUGAAGGAGAGUCGAAGGUGUACCGUCCGCGGCGGCCCCGCUCCAGCAGCGAUGCCCUCUCUGCCUCCUUCAAUGGGGACCUGCUGGACAGCCACACCUGGCAGCACUGCAACUUCUACGACAACCUUACCCAGGACCACAGCGGGGGCCCCACCCACGACAGAGGGGACAGCAACAGGGACGAGGGGCCCAUCUGCGUGCCCGCCCUCAUUUCGCCUCCGUGUUUGGCCAACGAAGACGUGGACCUUAGCCUCCCCGACAUCGGCAUGGCCUCGUUGGACUUUGACCCCAUGUCGUUCCAGUGCAGCCUGCAUGAUGGCUCUUUCUCCUUCCCCCUCGGGCUGAGUGAUGUAGCCAUGGGCGCGGCGGGUGAGAGCACCAGUCUAAAGAGGAGCCAAGGCAGCAUUGACAAUGGCUCGGUGCCUGUCUCACCCUCCUUCCCGGGGACAUUCACCUUCCCCUUCUUGUCACCCGACCUCAGCCCGGCCACGAGAAGGAAAGCUGAGAGCAAGAAGCUGACCUGCUCUGUGUCUUUUCCAGACAAACCGUUACAGGUUUCCCCUAUAAAGUUUAAGGCGACCAUUCUAGCCAUUUCAGAGCCAUUUGCCAUGGCGUUUCCCAGUAGGCUUACAGAAAACUACGUUGUUCCCCAGCCCCCCCCCUCCUCGGGACAGCCCGGGGAUUCUCCAACAUUAAUGGGCUCAGGGGAGCCGUCGCUGAGUGAGGCCUUCCAGAUGGAGCUGCACUGUAAACUCUCCACCUUCGACAACGACAUCAACACUGAGAGCCAAGUCUCAACAGAAGAGAGCACUGCCCAGCAACCUUCAGCAACCAGUAGCCAGGAACAGCCAGGAGCCAUAGCUAGCCUGGACUCUCCAAAGGGUACCCCUAGUCCUCUCAGCUCCCCCUCCGUGUCCCCUCUUCCUCCCUUGCCCCCUCAGAAGAACUCUGCCCACAUGCUGGCCCUGGCAGAGUCCGCCCAACAGUAUUCCAUCCUGACCCAGAGGUCCUCCCAGACCCAGUCCCCCAUCAGGUCCACGGUGCCCUCACACUCCCUUGACUGGACCCCUCCCACAGCCCUGUUCCCCCAGACUUCCCUCAAGAAGGGACCCAGAACAGGAGCAGCCCAGAACCCAACCCUAAGCACCACCACCCCAAACAUCACCCCUUCUUCCUCUCUCCCUCCCACCACCCCUACUGACAAACAGCCAAGCCAGUCAGCCAGCCAUCAGUCAAUCAGUACGUCCGCCAGUGCUAAGUCCCCCUCCACUCCUCCCAGAGCCAGACAGGAUAUAGAUUUCACCCCACCAGCAUCCCCCCACCACCCGUGUAUCACCACUCCCUCCAGACCUCCUGCCCAUGUGUCCCCCACUCCGAGGAGUCCAGAGAGGCAGCAGCCCGCCGUGGGCCAGGUAGCCGUCAGCAGCACUGGAUCCUCCACCACCACUCCCAGCAGCAAGGAGAUGUGUGUCCUGCCACAGCCUGCUCCUGAGGUCCAUGUAAAUGAUAGCGUCUGGUCGCCAACUCUUCCGAAACCUUUGGAGCAGCCAGUGGCAGUUCUGCAGCCUCAGCCUCCGCCUAAAUCACAGCCUCAUAUACAGUCCCAUCCUCACCCACAGUGCCAGUCACAGCCCCAUCCCCAGCCUAACACCAGAGUGGCCCCCACCCCAGCCGAGCAAGUGGAGAGACCAUGGGAGGCCAUAAAGCCAGUAGAGCCCCGCAUGGAGCCUGCGACCCGCCAUCAUGCCCAUGGGCCAACACCGCCAAUGCCUCCCGUCCGCUCCAUCGAGAGCAAACUGGCAACCGCUGCGCUCAGCCACACAGAGGCUGCCAACCCUGCCAUCUUCCACAACAUCCUGGCAGAGGCCUCCACUCCUGAAGAGGCCCUCACCCAUCCUCCGCCUCCCGUGCUAAAGUCUUCCACCCACCAGUCAGCCUACCUCUACCACACCAAGGGAGAGGCUGCCUUACUGGAGCCUCCUAAGGAGGCCUACUACCACCAACGGGCCAUUCCCGUGGGGAAACCUUCAUACCACUACCGGUCAGACAGUGUUCCGUCACACCUCUCCUACGUGUCCAAGUCUGAGCCUCAGAUACCUUACAGUACCCGCACGGACCACCGCUACAACACCCAUGCUCACUCCAGGUCCUACCACCAGUCUAUGAAGCACCGCGGGCCCCCCAGGAGGGGCGAGUACAUCUCCCCCAGCCCGGGCUAUGGUCCCAUGGAGGGAGCCCCAGUCUACCCCGCCAUCCGCAGGGUGCACUCGCUAAACAUGCCCUCAACCAUUCGUUCAGUGCCCAUCCAGCGGACCGAGGUUCCUCCGGACGACGAGCUCUUGUACUACCAGCAGCCCUUCUACCAGUGCAAGGCCUAUCAGCAGCAGCCGCAACAGUUCUCUCAGGCCGACUACCACGUCACCCAGCUCCAGCCUUACUUUGAGAAUGGCCGGGUGCAGUACCGUUACGGCCCCUAUUCGCCUGGCGCCAACCCGCUGGACGCCCCUUACUACCAUGUGGACCCCUAUGGGACCAUCCGGCCGCGGCACUUACACUCGUUCAGCAGCCGGGACCUGGGGCCCACCCUCAGCCGAUCGGGGGGCAAGGCGGGCGGCUACCACUACCUGUCCCGCCCUGUCCUUCCACCUGGAAAGGAGCAAAGCUUGUUCAGCAGAGAUGUGCCCCCGGGCCACGGCUCCAAGGGAGCCGCCUUCUACUUUGCUUGGGACCCCGAGGAGUCGGAAAGGCUCCGGAUGCAUUCCAUCCGCAGGGAGAGCCGGGCAAGGCAGAAGGUCAGGGGUCCUGUCAUGUCUCAGUAUGACAACUUAGGCCUGUUCAUGCCUGGCGACCUGGGGGGGUACGAAACCCUACACCUGCGCAGUAAGUCAGACCCCAGCAGAUCCGUGCUGAUGUCUGCCGAGAGUAAAGAUGGGUGUUACGGCGUACCGCCAGGUUCCCAGCACGCUCCCCGACACUUGGUGUCAGACCCUGACGUCCUCAUGUACAUGGAGACAGAGAACCACUGUCAGGGUACCGCCACUGGGGACAAACAAAGAAGCUCCAGGACCUGCCAGGCCUCCCACUCGCACCAAGUCCAACACCCACCCCGCAACCAGUCCCAUCAGCAGGACCCCAGUCGACACGACCCAGGGGACGGAGCUCGGAGCUUCCAACCUCACUACCAACUGUCCGAUCUAGACCGGCAUCCGAACAGGGCCAAAACACCCGUUGGUUACCAGGACAAAGAUGACCAGCAACAACAGUCGGCCCCCGUCAAAGCGCAGGCCCCUCCCAAGCCUGAGCGGUCGCAAUGCGUCCGAGAGCAGCAGCAGCACUACAGCCAAGCCGCCAUGCCCAAGUCAGACAGAGAAUACUCAUACCAGCCCCACGGUGGGCAGCAGAGACACUGCACCAUGACGGUACAGUCCCACUACGACAACAUGGAUGACUACCACCCAGCAGCAUUACCUCAGCCACAGGCCCCCAUGCAAAACCCCUGUGGGGGCUCCUCGGGCUCUUUCCCCACCAACCCUGGCUUCACGGCCAGCCACAGCAACAGAGCGUACUCCACUGCCUUGGGCCAGGGUGCCUUCAUCCCAGCUGAACUGGCCCUGCAGAGGCCCGAGACAGAAAUACAUGCAGAAUGAAGAAGAGACUUGAGAAAAAUGUGUCAAACAAACUUUUGCCCGGGUUUUAGGAAGCAAAUAAGUGACUCAACUCGAGAUUCAAAGUUCCACAGCCUCUGCAGGACAGUGGACUGUUGUUGGACCGUUUCACAUUAUUUUUCUUCCCUGUAUUUUUUAUGAAUUGUACAAAUCUAAUUAUAAGAUACUUUUUACAGAAUGUACUGAAUUAACCAUAAUUUCUUCAAUUGUUCUAAGAAGCCAUGUGGUCAUGACUCAUUGAAAUGGUGGCAGAUCAUAGAAAUGUUUAUGAUAUUAUAAACAAAAGGAAUGUGAAACCAGAAUUGCAAAAAAAUGUUUUAAAAAAUGUGUUUGAUUUCCAGCAUAACAGGGAUGACGGUUUGCAUUUUAGAAAUGCAUGUACUCUUCAAUCACUUACAGAACAGUUCUAUGUACCACUGUAUCCAUUGUACUUUCUGGAUGUUACAGUACAAGUUGUUGUGGGAGAAACUCUGUUUAAAUCAUCGUGCCCUCCCUCCUGUCUCUGUGUACUCAUGGCGGUGCAAUAUCUUUCAGUCUUCAAAAAUCUCUGAAUUGGGGUUGGGCCCAAGAGUACUAGAACUACACUGGGUACUUUCACCUAGUACAGUAGGGUUAUGUUCAUAUUUUAUUUGCUCUGUGACUGUGCCAUUCUUCGAUUUUAUGUAUUUUUGCUAUAAAGCAGAGUGAAUUUAAAUAUAAUGGAUUUUUUUGGUACAGAGGCUUGUUCUUCAUUGUAAGAGGGACAAAACAUUUUGUCAGUCUUUUUGAUCGUGAAAGCAUUCCUGCUCAUGUAUGGGCUAACGACUGGUUAUGAGAAUGACAAUGUUACCUUGGGAGCUGUAAAAUAAUAAUUAUUUUACAAUGUGUUUUGUUUUGUAGGCUUGUUUUUUUUCUGCCAAUUGCAAAGAACUUCAAUGGACUAACUUAAUAAAGUUAUGAAAAAUG